AUGGCGAGGAUUGGAAACAAGAAAGUCAAGUCCAAGGCCACGGCUGGGGCAUCAACAACUGAAGUAAAAGUCCCCACGAAGGGACAAUACAUCCCCUCAAAAUCGCUCUCAUGGAAGCCCGUCAAAACUUCUGCCUUCUCUGGUAUGGACGCCGGUGGAGGUAUGAUGAUGCUGGAGGAACUUGAAGAUGUUGGAAUUGAAUGGGAAGAGGCGCAGGGUGGGCAAAAGCUUGCCAAGUUCAUUGAGGUAGAAGGGAAGAAGAAGAAGGGCAAGAAGGCCGAAGUGGAAGAGCCUGAAGAGGACGUCGUGUUCGAUGAAGAUUUUGAAGAGGAGGCUUCCGGCGAUGAACAAGAGGCUGGCGAAGAAGACGCUGCUUCCAACGCCUCUGAAGAGUUCCCAGACUUUGCUGGGUUUGACGCCGAAGACCUCAACGAAGCUGACGACGAAGAGCACGAAGAACUCGAGUCUGUUCCCGAUUUCAACGAUGACCUUCUCCCCGAAUGGUCCUCUGUACCCCUCCACCCCACUCUCAAACGCGCCUUCCUUGCAACCUCCUUCACCACCCCAACAACUAUCCAAUCUCGCGCCCUUCCCGCCGCGCUCACCGGUCGAGAUGUCAUCGGCGUCGCCGAGACCGGUUCCGGUAAAACCCUCGCCUACUCCCUCCCCAUGCUGGAUUACUUGUUGAGGAGGGCGAAGCCUGUCAAGGGCAAGAAGAGGGCUUUGAAGGGGUUGGUGCUCUGCCCUACUAGGGAGUUGGCUCUACAGGUGGUGGAGCACUUGGAAGCUUUGCUGAAGCAUACUGUCGAGGAGGAGGAUGAGGUGGAGAAGAAGAAGGGAGAAGGGAAAGAGCCGCCGAGGAUCAGUGUUGGGAGUGUUGUCGGUGGUCUUAGUGCGCACAAGCAGACCAGGAUCUUGAACCGAGGGUGUGACAUUCUCGUGGCUACUCCUGGUCGUCUGUGGGAUCUCAUGAAAGGUGACGACGAGCUCGCCACUUCCAUCCGGACUCUGCGCUUUUUGGUCAUCGAUGAAGCGGACAGGAUGAUCGAGAAUGGUCAUUUCCAGGAGCUCGAGUCUAUCGUCCGGCUCACUCAGCGUUCUGGCGGCGAGGCCGGGCCCGACGACGACGACCCAGUCUUCCAAUCCCUCUCCACCAUCUUCGAAGCCUCCUCCGCGCUGCCCGACAUGCAGACCUUCAUCUUCUCCGCCACCCUCAGCAAAGACUUGCAGAUCAACCUCAAGAAGAGGGGAAGCUGGAAGAAGAAUGGAAAGAAGAAGAGGAGCUCGACUUUGGAAGAUUUGGUGGAGAAGCUCGAUUUCAGAGAUGAGACGCCGGAGAUUAUUGACCUGAGUCCGGAGGGUGGUGUUGUGGCGACUCUGAGGGAGAGUAUGAUUGAGUGUACCAAGGACGACAAGGACCUCUACCUUUACUACUUCCUCCUCCGUUUCCCAGGCCGCUCCCUCAUCUUUGUCAACUCAAUCGACGCCAUCCGCCGUCUUCUCCCUCUCCUCAACCUCCUCCAACUCCCCAUCUUCCCCCUUCACUCCCAGCUCCAACAGAAGCAACGUCUCAAGAACCUCGAACGGUUCAAGUCCAACGCCAACGGUGUGCUGAUCGCCACCGACGUUGCUUCGCGAGGUCUCGAUAUCCCCCAAGUCGACCAUGUCGUCCAUUUCAACCUUCCCAGGACGGCGGACGCCUAUAUCCAUCGUUCUGGUCGUACAGCCCGAGCCAAGACGGAAGGUUUCGCACUCCUCCUCGUCUCCGCCGACGAGAAACCAACUCAGCGCGCUUUGAACCGUUCCCUCAACAGGACACACGAGCUGCCAGAGCUCCCUGUCGAAGCGGGAUUCCUCCCGCCUCUUCGGGCGCGCUUAAAGCUGGCGAACGAUAUCGAAAAAGCUAUCCACCGCGCUCAAAAGAGGACGCACGAGAAGAACUGGCUAUUGGAUGCGGCGGAGGCGAUGGACCUCGAUAUCGACCCUACGAUGUUGAGCGAUGGGGAAGAUGACCCCGAUGCGCCGUAUCACAAGGCGAAGAAGAUGGACAAGGCGAAGGGAAAGACGAAUCUGGAUGGCAAGGUGGAUGGAUUGAAGAUGGAGUUGAAGGAUUUGUUGAGGGAGAAGCUUGUGGCGAGGGGUGUUUCGACGAGGUACCCGACAAGUGGUAGCAAGGUCAUCGUGGAUGAUCUUAUCAAGUCUACUGGUCAUGGUAUGCUGUUGGGCGCGAGCACGAGUAAAGCGUACGACGAAGCAGAGUCCACAGGGAAGAGAAAGAAGAUUGGCGGUGGGGCGCGACCGCUCAAGAAGAAGGUCAAGACAUGA